AAGAGGGGAAGAGCGUUAAUACAUUAAUAUAAAACAAGACGACUAUGGGAGAAGUAUUACCCAUUAUACCAUAAUAACAAAUCAAAUCCCGUAGUAUUGAUAUAUGAUUCGGUGCACAAGUUCCCAUGUAUCCGUCUCCCUAUAUUUAAAGUGUAAUUUGGUAAAGCAAAUAUGUAGAGGGAUUUAACUUAAAGAAUAUUGUUAUAUUGUGAAUCAUAUAGUAGUUCAUUGCUAAUUUUUUGUAUAGUGCGAAAUAGGUUACCGAGCUCGGAUAGAUCAAAAAGAUAAAAUGAGUAUAACCUGAAUCGCACUAAAAUGGUUUUCAUUUACGGUUUGUACCUAAUUUGAAUGAAGGGUCAAUGCUGUUAAACAAUAACAACUAUUCAGCAGGCAAUCUUGUAGCCUUUAAUUAUGCUGGAUUUGCUUGUAUAUCAAUUGUUGUAUUUCUAUCAUCAACACAACCAUUUUAUUUACUGGAAGUAUUAGGAAUCAAUAUUGAUGAUAAAAUUGGUAGUACUAUCGGAACUUUAGGAUUUGCCGAUGAAUUAACUGCCAUUAUUUCAGCACCAUUAAUUGGAACUUUAGUAGAUAAGAUUAAUUCCAAAGGUAUUAGUGGAACUAAAUUGAUUCAAAGUUUAAGUUUCCUUGUGAUUGCUAUUAGUUUAAUUGGCUAUGGUACAUUAAGUUCAAAUGUUAUACCAGAUUUAAUAUUUUUCAGAUGUUUAUUCGCAUUAGGAGUCACCAGUUGUAUGAGUUUAGUGACGGUUCUUUUAAACGAAUUAAGUAAUUCUGAUUUCAGCUUCAGAAAAUUUGUAUUCUGGAAAACAGUGCCUGAUCUUCAAUAUCAAACUGAUAUUACUCCUACCACCAAUAGAAGAAAUGGGAAAUAUGCGGCUCUUAUUGGUAUUUCAACUGGUUUAGGAGCAAUAUUUGCUGUAUCUAACUUUCUUACUUUACCAAUUAAAUUAGUUAAUUGGUAUCCAAGUUGGACCUUAAAGGAUGGACUCAAGACUUCUUAUAAUUUAAUUGCAGGUUAUGCAUUUCUUUCAUUCCUCUUGUUGCAUAUAUUUUUAUAUGACAAGAACAAACAGAUUAAUCAAAUAUCUCAUGAUGAAUUAUUAGGGGAUAAUGAUGAUGAUAAUGAAGAUAAUAAUAUUAAAUUAAAACCUUCAUAUUUCGAACUAUUACAAAGGGGGAUAGAAUUAUCUAAAGAAAAUCAUAAAGUUCAAUUAUCUUAUGUUGGAGCAUUUGUUGCAAGAUCAACUACAGUUGCUACAUCAGUAUUUAUUCCUUUAAUAGUUUAUAAUUAUUACUAUAAGCAAAAGUUAUGUGAUGUUACUGAAUAUCCCAAUAAGAAGAAUUGUUAUGAUGGAUAUAUAUUUGCAGCUAUUUUAACUGGAGUUGCUCAAACUGUUGCAUUGAUCUCAGCACCAGUUUGGGGUUAUUUAAUAGAUUUGAAAUCGGUUGGAAAAUUCAAAACUUUUUUAUUUUCAGGUGUAAUAGGAUUAAUUGGUAAUUAUGGAUUAUGUUUAACAUCUUCAGGAGAAGAAUUAUAUGAUCCUCAUACUUUUGGAUGUUUUAUGAUGGUAAGUCUUAUAGGAAUUUCUCAAAUAGGUAUAAUUAUUACUAGUAUGAGUUUACUUAGUACAUCAUCUGAAGAUCCUAAUCAUAUGGGAUCUUUAAGUGGAUUAUAUAGUUUAAGUGGAGGAUUAGGGAUUUUAAUUAUUACUAAAUUGGGAGGUAUGUUGAGUGAUUCAUGGAUUCUUGCACCAUUCUUUAUUUUAGGAACUUUUAAUUUGAUCCUUAUAGUACUUUGUCUAAUUUGGAAUAGAGAUGAAAACAAUGACUAUAGAAGACUCGAUGAUUAAGACUAUUUAUUUAUAAUUUAUUUAUUUAAAUAUGUAUAAACUACAACGAAUG